UCUUUUAUGAAUAAUCAAAAGCCGCAGAAGCCGACGCUAUCAGGCCAGCGUUUUAAAACCAGAAAGAGAGAUGAAAAAGAGAGGUUUGACCCUACUCAGUUCCAGGACUGUAUUAUUCAAGGUUUAAGUGAAACUGGCACUGACUUGGAGGCAGUAGCAAAGUUUCUUGAUGCUUCUGGUGCAAAACUUGACUAUCGCCGCUAUGCAGAAACGCUUUUUGACAUCCUGGUGGCUGGUGGAAUGCUGGCCCCAGGUGGUACCCUGGCAGAUGACAUGACACGCACAAAUGUAUGUGUAUUUGCAGCACAGGAAGACCUAGAAACCAUGCAAGCAUUUGCUCAGGUUUUUAACAAGCUAAUCAGGCGUUACAAGUACCUGGAGAAAGGCUUUGAAGAUGAAGUCAAAAAGUUGCUGCUGUUCCUGAAGGGAUUCUCAGAGUCUGAGCGGAACAAACUGGCCAUGUUGACGGGUAUUCUGCUAGCUAAUGGGACACUUAAUGCGUCAAUUCUCAACAGUCUCUACAAUGAGAACUUGGUUAAAGAAGGUGUUUCUGCAGCUUUUGCAGUCAAGCUGUUCAAAUCGUGGAUAAAUGAGAAAGAUAUUAAUGCAGUUGCUGUCAGUCUUCGUAAAGUAAACAUGGAUAACAGGCUGAUGGAGCUCUUUCCAGCCAACAAGCAAAGUGUUGAACACUUCUCCAAGUACUUCACUGAAGCAGGACUAAAAGAACUUUCUGAGUAUGUUCGGAACCAGCAAAGCAUAGGAGCUCGGAAAGAGCUGCAGAAAGAACUUCAGGAGCAGAUGUCCCGGGGAGAUCCGUUCAAGGAUAUAAUCUUCUAUGUGAAGGAGGAGAUGAAGAAAAACAACAUCUCAGAACAGACUGUGGUAGCCAUAAUCUGGUCAAGUGUAAUGAGCACAGUGGAAUGGAACAAAAAGGAGGAGCUGGUAGCAGAGCAAGCCAUUAAGCACUUGAAGCAAUACAGCCCUCUACUUGCUGCCUUUACUACCCAAGGUCAGUCUGAGCUGACUCUUCUGUUGAAGAUUCAGGAGUAUUGUUAUGACAACAUUCACUUCAUGAAGGCCUUCCAGAAAAUAGUGGUGCUCUUCUAUAAAGCUGAAGUUCUGAGUGAAGAACCCAUCCUGAAGUGGUAUAAAGAUGCACAUCUUGCAAAAGGAAAGAGCGUUUUUCUGGAGCAAAUGAAAAAGUUUGUUGAAUGGCUCAAGAAUGCUGAAGAAGAGUCGGAGUCUGAAGCUGAAGAGGGUGACUGACCUGUGAAACUCUGUCCUCAGUAAAGCAAACAGGAGCUGUAGAUAGGGGUCAUGUCUCAUGUGUCCUCCUGAUUCUUACAUCCUACCUCCCUGUAUCAAGCAUGAUAUAAGGGCUGUCAUGGCAAUUUUAUUUUAACUGUUUUCUAUAGUUACUGCAAUACUGGCUUUAGUUUUUAAAACCAUGUUUUACGUAGCUUACAGGAGCUAUUCUAGAUUUGAUUCUAACCUGCAUUUGUCCUUUCAGUUAUAUUCUACCUCCUGUAUUUUCUACUGUAAUAAUGUAAUUUAAGGCCUUCCACAAUGAAAUCCAUUUUACCCCUUGGGUUUUCUAUCUAUAUUUGAGGAGACAUGAUAUGGUAAAUCAGAUUUAUGGCAGUUCUGUUUGCAAAUUAAACUGUAAAAAGCCUCCAAAGC